GACACACAGACUUAAAACCAGACGAUCUGAUUCACCUUCAGAUCAAACUGACGACUUCCUCUGAGUGAGUUCAGCUCCAGGAGAGAAACGUGGAAAACUUCAUGACUGCUGCUUCAACCUGCCGACUCUCCACACACUGAAGCUUCACUCUGAGACAAAAUGGCUUCCAGAUCAGAGGAGGAUCUCUGCUGUCCCGUCUGUCAUGAGAUCUUUAGAGAUCCUGUUGUUCUGUCAUGUAGCCACAGCUUCUGUAAAGACUGUCUGAAGACCUGGUGGAGAGAGAAACCAACACGCGAGUGUCCAGUUUGUAAGACGUUGUCUUCAAAGAAACAUCCACCUUGUAACCUGGUGUUGAAGAACCUGUGUGAGGCCUUCUUGUUGGAGAGACAUCAGAGAGCUUCAGAGGAUUUCUGCAGUCUGCACUCUGAGAAACUCAGAAUCUUCUGUCUGGACCAUCAGCAGCCAGUGUGUCUCGUCUGCAGAGACUCAGAACGACACACCAACCACACAUUCAGACCCAUCAAUGAAGCUGCACAACAACACAAGAAGAAACUUCAGGAAACUCUGGAGCCCUUAAAGGAGAAGCUGAAGGUUCUUGAACAAGUUAAAGUGAAGUUUGAUCAAACAGCAGAACACAUUAAGGUCCAGGCCCGACACACAGAGAGGAGGAUUCAGGAUCAGUUUCAGAAGCUCCACCAGUUUCUAAAAGAGGAAGAGGAGGCCAGGAUGGCUGCACUGAGGGAGGAAGAGGAGCAGAAGAGUCAGAUGAUGAAGGAGAAGAUGGAGGCUCUGAGCAGACAGAUAGCAGCUCUUUCAGACACAGUCAGAGCCACAGAGGACGAGCUGAGAGCUGAAGACGUCUCAUUCCUGAACAACUACAAGGCUGCAGUGGAAAGAGUCCAGCAGCGCCCCCUGCUGGAUGAGCCACAGCUGCUCCCAGGAGCUCUGAUAGACAAGGCCAAACACCUGGGCAACCUGACCUUCAACAUCUGGAACAAGAUGAAGGAGAAGGUCUCCUACACUCCUGUGGUUCUGGAUCCAAACACUGUUGCCCCAAACCUCAUCCUGUCUGAAGAUCUGAGCAGCGUGAGGUGGGGAGAGAGACAACAGCUUCCUGACAAUCCAGAGAGGUUUAAGUAUUGGUAUGUCAUAGGCUCUGAGGGCUUUGACUCAGGGACUCACAGCUGGGAUGUUGAGGUUGGAGACAGUACAUGCUGGAUGCUGGGUGUGUGUACAGAGUCUGUCCAGAGGAAAGGACGCAUAGAGUCUGGACUGUGGAUGUUAUGGUUCAAUAAAGAUAAAUACUCAGCACGGUCACCACCAGCUCCACACACUGAUCUCGUAGUGAAGAAGAAGCUCCAGAGGAUCAGAGUGAAACUGGACUGGAAUGGAGGAAAGCUGUGGUUCUCUGAUCCUGAUACUAACACACACAUACACACCUUCACACACACUUUCACUGACAGGAUGUUUCCAUUCAUUAGCAUUGAGGGCAAACUGAAGAUCUUACCAGUGAAGGUCUGUGUGACAGUGAAACAGAGCAGAUAGUCUUCAUUUGAAUUCAGUGAUUGUUGAACAACUGCUCACUUCUAAUACGUGUCAGUAAAUUUAUUGAUGUAGAGGAAGAUAAUAAAUGAACAGACAUUUACAGCAGCAAGCAGAAGGAUUCUAAUCUAAUAUUAAAUGUUAAAGUCGUAGUUAAAUCAGAAUCAAAUUUGUUGGUGAACAAUGUGAACCCAGAGACUCCAGGACAGCAGCGUUAAGGAAAAAAUAUCCAUCAAUAUACAUGAAGGUCGUGUUUUUAUGGCGUCUGAGAGCUCAACAAGCUCUUCAUCAGUGUGACAAGACGUGUGUGCAGCAUUUAGGAAGCAAACACACACAACACAAGCAAACACAGACACACUCUGUGUUUUCCAAACUUUUCCAAGACAUUCAAUGAUUUUUAACUCAGCCUGACGUGCCUUCAGGGCUGAGUGCUGAUAUGACUGUGUCAUUAUUGUGUUGGUUAUGGAGUAUUUGUACAGAGUUAUUGUGUGACGUGUGAAUAUAUGGUGUGUGGGUAAAUGAAAUGGUGCAUUGUUUAUUUUGGUGUUGAUUUAUUAUGAUUAAUAAUAUUGUAUGGACCGUUAUGAUUUUGGUGAUCCCCUUGAUAAUGGUUUGAACCAAUUGGGCUCAACCAGCAGCCUUAUUUAAGGGAGCCUCAUUCAGCAUCUGGAAGUCUCAGAGGGCAGUACUAUGCUAUUGCCAUUUUUUCUUGUGUUUUGUCUAAUCUCAAACUGUGUUUAGAGUAUUGGUGUUUUUGGUCUUUUCUUUCCUGGCACCUGAAGCUUCGCUGCUUCCUGUUUCAAACCUCUUUCACCUGAAUCCGAACUCGCCUAGAUCCCUGUAUUCGGGGAGAUCGUCCUGGUCCCUGACAGACUGUCAGAACAGGAACUGAGCUUUUCAGCAAACUGUCAUGUUUACCUGAUUACAUUAAAGACGUCUAUGUAA